AUGUCAAAGCCGCUCAGAAACCGGCCAGCGUACCCCAGAAGCCGGGCAGCUUUGUGGAGGCAAGGGCGGGCCCGCUCCAGCUCCGUCAGCCUACAAAGCGGCAGGUUGGAUGCAAAUGCAAGCCUCGGCUUGCAAGACGGUGAGAAGGCUGGCAUCCACCAGAUCAUGAUGAGUGCGAAUCCAGUGACAGAGGCUUUGGGCAAUGCCCGAACUUUGCGGAAUGACAACUCUUCGAGGUUCGGACGCUUCGUGAAGUUGUUUCUCAAUGCCCCGGCCCCAGUUGUCCCAGUUUGGCUUUCAGGAAGUGGCCUGAAAGCCAACAAGUCGGUGGGGGGGGAGAAUGGGGAGCAGGGGGUGCUCGGAAGCUCCGAAGCUCCCAUCCUGAGAAUGCACUUAAGCCGGAGUGACACUGAGACGGCUGGCGAGAUUGAGAGCAGCGAGAUGUCCAUCUACUCCCUGGAGAAGUCCACCUGCCCUCAUUUUGGGUAG